GAAAGUGGUUUUUUCUUCAUGGGUUCAUUUUCUCCGGGGGUACACAUUUUUGGCGGGACAAAAAGAGAAGAGGGGAGGGAGAAUGAGCUCGUCGGCUGCGGUAGAGCCAGAUGGCACCACUCCCUAUCUCGUCUGCCGGAUGGACAACGUCCAAGGCGUCGUCGACGCCCUCACCUCCGUCCGCUGGAAGCGCUAUCAGGAUGCUGUCAUCGAGAUUUCGGAGCACGGCUUGGUGUUGAUCGUGGAGGAAACUCGAUGUCUUCAGGGCAAAGUUUAUUUGCAACGCGAGCUGUUCAGCCAAUAUGAAUACCGUGCAGAAGGGAGACCUAGAUUUGGAAUGAGCUUAGGUCUAUUUGUGGAUUGUCUCAGUACAUUUUCGGUCCCUGGAAAAUCAAGUGCAAUUGAACUUCGGUUUCCAGGGCCUGAUAUGGAGCUUCUUCUCAAAUCAGUUGAUUCAUCUAAUGCUUGCAUUUAUGCGGAGAUCAGAACAAGGAUUCCUGAGACGAUGCCAUGGGACUGCAACUUUGAACCUACUGGAAGUACACCUAUUAGUUUUACCGUCAAGUCUGCCGCACUAAAGGAAGCUAUAGAUGAUCUUGAAUGGCCCGGGUCAAGCAUUCUGCUAACCCUGCAACCAACCCCGCCAUCUGUUACCUUCAAAGGCCAAGGCCAUGGUGACUUACAGAUAGACUUUAUGCACCGCACGACUUCUGAUCUUGUUGCAUUUCAUUGCGAUCGCCUUGUCUCAUACAGGUACAAGUACAAAUUCCUUCAGGCGACAACUUCGAACAUGCCUAGUAGUGUCAUGAGGGAUAACAGAGGGAGCAAGUGUACAAUUGGCAGAAGUGGAAUGCUCAAAGUUCAGCAUCUCGUCUCACUUGCUAGACUGGCAGCUUCACACCCCCACUCUGAUUCUUCUGCAUAUCAUCUCCCCAGCCGUAUUGCGUACAUUGAGUUCUUUGUCAAGCCGGAGGUGGAUGAUGAUGAUGACGAGGAACACAAUGCAAACUAAGAAAUAUUUGCACUAAAUAGCACUAAAACGCAAGUCAUUUCCGUAAAUAGCACUUAAACUGUUUUAUUCCCUAAACAGCACUUAAUAAUAUCCCAUGAUGACAAAUAUUUGCUUGAAUAAUGACUAAUGUAUAAUGAUUAAAAGUGCUACAUUGGG